AGAUUACGAACACUCCGCUUUUCAUCCCAACCUGAAUCUGGAGUCUAAUCUGUAGUGAGUUGUGGACCAAACGCCCAGCAUGCAUGCUUCCUCAUGGGGCUGCAGAUUCGUAACGUGAACUUGGAGUGACAAGCUUUUGUAACGUCGAUCUAGACGGAGGCAUGCCCUCCGCUUCGUUGCUGCUGCAAGAGGGUGCAAGUGCAAAUGCCUGAGUGAGAUCGUUCAAAUGUGACAGUGAUUCCGCCACGGGAUCUGAGAGACCACGGAUUCUUGUAUCUCGAUUCGGACCCCACAACUGCCGAGAGCAAUUGACAGCUGCCAUGGCGCCGCAAGAGAACAUCAGGUCUUUCCAUCAUGAUGUGACUGACGAAAAGAUUGGUGUCCUGACGACUGAGGAAGUUGUCGUCCAGCGCAUAACAGAUGAGGAUCUUCUUCGUAUAUCAAGGGAGGCGAUGCCGAAGUUCUGGACAGCGACAGGAUUCAGGAUCUGCCUCAUCAUCUUUCUGCAAGGCUGUAAUCAGGCUGGCUAUGGUGUCGACUGGGCAGUUAUUAGCGGCAUCAAUGCGUACCCGGCAUGGCACAAAUUCUUCGACAUCGAAAUCGACGGCGUCAAGUUUGCCCACAUUACAGCCUUGAUGCGAAUUGGUACUGUCGUCGGUGCUCCAUUCCUGGCACUCAACGACAAGAUUGGUCGCCGUGGAGUGAACUUCCUUGGUAACUUUCUCGUCAUAUGUGCUGCGCUCAUGCAAGCGCUCGCUCCCAAUAUGUCGUGUUUCAUGGCUGGUCGAUUCUUCUUAGGCUUCGGAAGUGCACUUAUGUCGUCCCCUCAGUACAUCGCAGAAGUUGCACCCGUCCACCUUCGAGGACGCAUCGUCGGUUUGUUUGGCGCCUGUUUCCAGAUUGGCAGUGUGGCCAUGAACGCUGGGAUGAUUGGAACUACCAAAAUGGCCGAAAGCGACACAAAUAACUGGUCGUGGCGUCUCCCACUGCUCUUACAGACGUUCUUCCCCGCCAUAGUCUGCUCGCUCAUCUACUUCAUCACCCCGGAAAGCCCCAGGUAUUAUAUGCUGCGAGGCCAGCGUGAGAAGGCAAGGCAGGUAAUUGCCAAGUAUCAGACCACGUCCGGAUCUUUGGAUGAACCGAUAGUCGAUAUAGUCACCGCGCAGAUCGAGGAGUCCCUCGAGACUUCUCGCGCAGGCUUCAAACAGUCUUGGAACUUCGCCGUCUUCGUCACUAAGACCGUCCGUUACCGAUUACUAGUCUUGAUUCUCUACUCGAUGUUCCAGUCAUGGAACGGCGGAGGUAUUGUGUCGUACUACCUCACACCGGCGCUCAAGACAGUCGGGGUAACCAAGCCCAUAACUCAGCUCGGAGUGAAUCUUGGUCUGACCGCGACCUAUUUCGUGUUCACCGCCAUUGGUGGAUGGUUCGUAGAUUACUUCAGGCGCCGAACACUGAUCUUUGCUGGCCUGGUUGGCAUUGUUCUCAUGCAGACAGCGGCCACGAUAACCUCCUGGCAGUAUAGCUUGAAACCAUCCAGCGCAACAUCGGCUCUUACAAUCAUGUGGAUGUUCAUGUUCCAAGUCAUCAGCGCCACAUUCAUCGCAACCAUGCACAACCUUUACCCGGUCGAGAUCCUAUCUUUGCCUCUACGCGCAAAGGGUAUGGGUCUGUAUGGUGUAAUUCAAGGCGCGUGCGGUGCCAUCGAAGCGUACGGAAUUUCAAUCGGCAUCUCCAAGGUGGGUUACAAGAUCUGGUGUGUAUACAUUGUAUACAACAUGCUCCAGCUAGUUGCAUCCUACUUUGUAUUCCCGGAGACGAGCAAAUUGAGUUUGGAGGAAAUCGAUGCUGUGUUCGAGACGCCUGGUGUAGCGCCCGUGAAAAUGUCGCUUGACAUCCAGAAAGCGAAGAAGGAGAAGGUGAGACUCGAUAGAGAAGCGGGUAUUAUCAACUGA